AUGAUUGAAGGAACGUGGAAGAAAAAAGAAAUAAUUAAAUUUGGUUUAGGAAUUCAUUUAUUAACAACGAUAUUAAUUGGAAUUGUAAUUUACAUUAUUUAUAGAGUUACAAAUGGUAAUGCACAGAUUUUAGAAGAAAUUAUAAAUGGUUUAGUUCCCAUAUCAGCAGCAUUUUUUGUACCAAUAAAACAAUUUUUACCUGAUAUUGCAAUAUUUACAACACCUUUUGGAAGAAUUAAAAAUACACAUUUACCAUUUUCAUGUAUUUUUUUUACAAUUAUUUUUUAUUUAAUUGGUCUUGUUCGAUUUGUUUGCAUAUUUCAAACAACCAUUGCAAUACAAUUAGCUUGGACAUAUCUAAGAUUUUAUCAAGAAAAUCCAAAUGACAAAACAACAUUUGGUGAUUUAAGCGAUCAUUUUGCAUGGCAUACAUUAUUUCCAAGAAUAUUUCAUAAACCAUUAAUACAAGUUGGUGUUAUUUUUUAUAAUUUAUUAACAAAAUUAAAUUUGUAUAAACCUGUUGUAUUAGUUGAUGUAAAUGCUAUGGGUAAUGUGCCAUUAACGGGAAUUGUUUCUACAGAUCCUGCUGAGUACCAAAGAUCUCGUGAUGCUGAAAGAAGAAGACAAAAAGCAUUAAGUGAUCUCAAAGCAAGAUUAGCAAAAAAUAAAAGUGAGAAAAUAACUGGAAAUCCUGCGCAAGAAAAUAAAGAAGUUCUAGAAUCUGUUAAAAUUCCAACUUCUAAUGAAUAA